AUGCCAGAGAGCCGAGGUUCAUAUGCUAGACUCAUGGCUAUGUGCGCUGUAAGCGCUCUUCGAAUAAAGAAUGGGGCAGUCUUGAACGAAAGGAGUGUACCGGAUGAUCUGAACCCGAGGCUCUAUUUCGACGAAACUCUUCAAGCUAUUCCCCACAAUGUGAACGAGUUUAAAGAAUUUGAAAGCCUACAGGCUACUGGACUUGCCUGCUUGACCGCGCUUCACUACAGCGAUGGACCUCUUCUGCACCAGAUUCUAGGUCUCUAUCAUGCUGUAGUAGCAGAGCAUGGAUUUAGUGAUGAGAAAAGAUGGCCACAUGGAUUGUCUGAGAUUGAGAUAGAAGAGCGAAGAAGGCUUUUCUGGCACAUGUAUCGUCUUGAAGUACACACAUCUCUCGUCAUUGGCCAUGUCGUUCGGUGCCCAGAACUGCAGUCAUCCGUCGCCUAUCCCACGAUACAGGACAUUGAUUUUACCAAGUCCGAGGACUACAACGUCCAUCAGUCAGAAUGGUUUAGUGGGUGGAACUUCGUCACAGACCUGUAUAGGGGAAUUGAGCAUGUAGUUGCCCAAUUUAAAUACCGCCGUGCAUCAGCCAAUAUUGACCGCCGGAGUCUAUCUACUGCCUUCAUUCUGGAUUAUGAUCCUCAAAAGAAAAUUCUAGAUCCACUCGCCGCAGCGCGCGAUGACUUGCCUGACCGAUUUAAGAAAGCUUUGCCAGUCUCAUCAGAUACUUGCCGGAAUCGAUGCGGUUAUCAGACGGCAAACAUUGCAUGCACCUAUCAACUUCUCAGGAUGGUUACGUUCAGUGCAUACCACACAACAACCCUGUACGAGGCGUGUCAGACAGUUCUCGAAUUAAUUGAUGAAAUAUCGAAUAUACCAAUCGAAUAUCUUCGUGCGAUGGGCUUAGCUAUGUUACAGGAGCUUUCGGGCUUUGGCCACAUAUUGAGCAGCUUUAUUAACGAAGGGUUAUCCAGGUCAGACUAUUACCACUUGAGGACCGUCAUGCUCUGUAUGUUGGAAUUACUCGAAAGUCUUUCAUCCUGUAUGGCGACUGCCUUGGAGGCUAGUCAGAGACUACGUGCAUAUGUGGAAAACAUUGAUCAAUUGCUCGACAUACCGCAGACCCCAGACAGACAGACUCCCGACGAAGAAGAUGGGCAGUCCCAAGAUGAUGCUAGAGCUUUGGAUAUUUUAACACAACAACUAAUGGUACCGUUGGAUAUACUCCAGCGAAUCCCAUGGCCUGCAGCCUGGGAAGAGUCAGUGGGCCUAUUUUAG